AUGGCUCAACAUCAUACCAUUUCAGGACUAGUUGGGAAGCUUGUGACUGAAUCAGAGGUUAACUGCAGUGCUGAUAAAUAUUACGGAAUUUUUAAGCAACAUGUUGACAUUCGUAAGGCAAUCCCACAUAUUUUCACUGCUGUCAAAGUUACCGAAGGACAUGGAACUACUUCGGCUUGUGUCAAGCAAUGGGAUUAUAUUGUUGAGGGUAAAAACGAACUUGUCCACACUAUUGAAUAUGAGAAGAUUAACAAGGAUUCUCCGGUUCCAGUUGACUAUCUAGGUUUCUUCCAGUCGGCAAUCGAGGACCUGAACUCUUACAUUUGCGCUUCUCAGUAA